CACUUUUCUCGAACCUUGCAAUUUUUUUCCCCAUUCUCCACUUCCUCUUCCUGCAUUCUCUCCUCCUCGCCAUUCUUAGUUUUAGUCCGAAAUUUUCAGUAACCAUGGCAACCACGUUGAAAUUGUCGAGGCCGAAUUUGGGGACUCCGUGGGGAUUCAGGAUCCAUGGGGGGAAGGACUUCGGGCAGCCACUGGUGGUGUUGAAGGUAACGGCCAACUCGAUCGCCUCCCAAUCGGGCCUCUCCCCGGGGGACGUUUUGCUAAAGAUCAACGCCUCGGACGCCUCGAAUCUGACGCACAAGGCGGCGCAGGACGUGAUUAAAAACGCUGGGAAUUCCGUGGAUUUCGUGGUGAUUAAGGCAGCGGGGACGACGACGUGGGCGCCCCAGGUUGCUAUGGUUACCGGGGGGCAGGGGGGGCAAGGGGCAGAUCAGGUAUGGACAAAGACUAGUUUGAAGAAAAGUAAUGGGGGUGUGGUCGGUGGGGGUGGGGGUGGGGGGAUUAAUUCAAGGGUCAAGCCUUUUGCGGUGGGGAAGUCCGGCGCGCACCUGGUGAACAAACAGUUCAACACGCCGAUCAACAUGUACUCGGACGCGUCCAUCGCGGAAACCCUCUCCGCCCAGGCUGAGGUCUUGGCUGGGGGGGCCAUCGGCGUAAACUUCAAGAAGAACGAGAAAAAGUACAACUACGAAAAUUCGGAAGUUUACAAAAUGUUACAGGAAGAGAAUUCCGGGGAGGAAAAUUCGUACGAAAGUUCAACGUAUCAAAAUAGCCCGGCCUUGGGGAGGAUCGUGGGGAGUUUCGGUGGGGGUGGGCAGCAGCAUCAACAACAAGAAAAAAUCCCCCCACCAAACCCGAAACCCCUGCCGAAGCAAAUCUCUCCCGCCAUUGCAAAACCGCACCCCCAGCAACAGCAAAUUUCCCCCGCCGUGGUGACCACACCCACUCAGCCCAUCAAUUUCCAACCCAUGGUGACCACGCCUCCCGCGCCACAACCCAGCAGCGCGCCCGGAAACACCGCGCCCUUAGCGCCUGGAACGAAUAUCUGCGCGGAUUGCGAGAGGUUGAUUGUGGGGGUGUUCGUCCGGGUGAAGGAAAAAAACCUGCACGUGGACUGUUUCAAGUGCUCCACGUGCGGCCAGUCGCUCAAAAACGUCGGAUAUUUCAACAUAAACAACAAACUCUACUGCGACAUCCACGCUAAAUUGGUUGCUAGGCAACAGAAUCCGGGUUUGGUCGCGGGGGGGAUGAGUCCAGUCGCGACGAGCGCGCCCACCGCGCCACCCGCGACCAAACCAUUUAGCUACACGCAGCCGUUGCCAUCGUUACCGUCGUUGCCAUCGCAACCGUUACCAGCGUUUCAACCACUGCCGCCACUGGCGUCGCCUAAAUUCGGGGGUGGCGGGCCAGCCCCGUUUCAGACCGGGUUCGGUGGCCCCACGAUAAUCUCCCACGUGACGGCCCCAAAAUCGCCAAAUCAACAACCGUUGUCACAGCAACCGGCGUUUCCAUCGCAACCGUCGUCAUUUCCACAGCAACAGCAACAGCAACAGCAAAACUACUUUGAAUCUUAUGAAUCCAAGCAGUCGAAAACUACGACUUCUUCGACGUCAUUUUCUUCAUCGGAGGGGAGCAAAGUGGUUUGGCCGCCGGCGGGGGGUGUGCCAUCGAUUGGAGGGGGUGCGCCUGCUCCAUCAGGGGGCGUGGCCCCCAUGGAAACGAGUCCAAAAUUCAAACAGCAACAUGUCCCUUAUCAACCGUUGAAUAGCUUACUGAUGCAACAACCGCUGAUCCCACCCACUGCCGCCCCUGUCGCCCCGCCCCCUGCCAGCAUGGCCACGCCCCCAAUCCGCCAAGGAGGCGGUCCACAAUUCGGCGUGAAUUAUUCAGGUCCGAUUGGGGGCGGGGCCAUAGGAAUUAAACCGGUGGGAGGAGCCGGAGGAGGAGGAGGAGCCAAUUAUGGAGCCAAUCAAAACUACGGAGGGAGUGGUCCAAACUACGGCGGAGCCAAUCAGAACUACGGGGGCGGUCAGUUAGGGGGCGGAGCGAGCUACGGGAGUGGUCAAAACAAGUCGGUGGGAGGAGCGAGCCAGAACAAAACGUCGAAUUUCGGUGGGGGUGGCAAGUCCUCCUCCUCCUCGAUUUUAGCCAAUCGGAUCGGUCGUGGGAUUCUGAACCAGCCGAGCUCCAGGGUUGCCGUCUGUGGGGUGUGCCAGAAGCAGAUUAGAGGCCCCUUCAUCUCGACGGCAACCAAGUUUUACUGCCCCUCCCACUUUUCCUGUGCGUCCUGCUCACGUGACUUGAUGGAAAUCGGCUUUGUCGACCUAUCGCCGAAUCUCCAUUGCGAAUUUUGCUGGGAAGCCAACAUCGCGCCGCCAUGCGCCAAAUGCUCGAAAAGGAUCAAAAAUGAGUGUCUCAAGGCCAUGGGGAGGGAUUUCCACCCCGAUUGUUUCACCUGCCGACAAUGCGGUAAAAAAUUCGGAAAGGAGCCGUUUUUCGUGGAGGAUGGGGCUGCUUAUUGUCAAGCUGACUGGAACGAGCUGUUCACGACGAAAUGCUAUGGGUGUGGUUUUCCGAUCGAGGCUGGAGAUCGGUGGGUGGAGGCCAUGAGUCAAAAUUAUCAUUCGCAAUGCUUCAAUUGUUCGGCCUGCAAGAAAAACCUGGAGGGUCAAAGUUUUUUCGCGAAACAAGGGCGCCCGUUCUGCAAAUCGCAUGCGCGAUAAAUUUUAAUUUCUCUUCUUUUUUUCCUUGUUGCUAUGCGUGUUAUUUAAAAUAAAUCUGUUGUCAUGGUAA